AGCUCACUCAGAAGUUGGGGUCUAUUGCUCAUCACUUUUGAUAUUAAAUGCUGUUCUUUGAAGGAAACAGUUCUUGUUUGUUUGUUUGUUUGUUUGACAGCAAGAGAGAGUACACAAGCAGGGGAAGUGGGAGAAGGAGAAGCAGGACUCCUACAGAGCAGGGAGCCUGAUGUGGGCUUGAUCCCAGGACCCUGGGACCACAACCUGAGCCAAAGGCAGAUACUUAACAACUGAGCCACCAAAGCACCCAGGAAACAGUUGUAGGCUCAAGCAAUACUGGGGCAUCCCAACUAGCUGAACCCCCAGGCCCUGUUUGAUGCCUGUUGCAGCCCAAGCAUCCAUCAGCUUAUUUUCAAAGUCAAGAGCCUCAAGGUUUUUCUCUGACAUGUUAAUGACUGUCACUAAGAUGGGCUCAAUGCUGGGUCAAUAUUAUUUCUGUGAGUCUGGGCCCCAAAGAAGCAUGACAAUUAUAAUAGAAAACACAGCCUUCCCCUCCCCCUCUCUUUUUCUUUUUUUCCACUCCUUCCCCUUCUGCUUUUCCCACUGCUAGCCUUUCUUUAAUCUCCUCCUCCUUUUUGUGAAUUUGGAACUUGGAACCUGGAUAGACUUUCAAUUGUUGUAAGUACUUCUGUCAUGGUUCAGUGAGUAUAGUUAAUAUUAGCUUCUAAGAAGAAAAUUUUUUUUCUCAAAUGUUUCUAAGGUUUGUUCCAAACAUGUAUUUUCUCCCCAGUAUUUCUAGCCCUUUGAUUCUCAACUGGGGACAAUUUUGUCCUUCCUUCUUACCCCCGCCUCCCCCCAACCCCCCGGGGGACAUUUGGUAAAGUUUAGACAUUUUUAGUUGCCACAACUGAGGGAGGGGUGCUACUGACAUCUAGUGGCUGGAGGUCAGAGAGGAAUCCUACUGUGCACAGGGCAGCCAUGCAGCAAAGAAUUAGCAGUCCAAAAUGUCAGAGUGGUGAGACUGAGAAACAUUGCUAUAAUCUUGGGCUAUUCGGUACAGAAGCCACAAGCCACAUGACGCUUUUGAGCAGUUGAAAUGUGGCUAGGCUGAAUUGAGACGUGCUGUAGUAUAAAAAAGCAUACCGUGUUUUAAAGAUUCAGUACAAAACAUGUAAAAUAGUAAUAAUUUUGAUGUUGAUUGCACAUUGAAAUGAUAAUAUUUUUAAUAUGUUAGGUUAAAUAAAAUUCAUCAUGAAAAUUAAUUCUACUUCUUUUUACUUUUUUAAUGUGAUUCCCAUACAAUUUUAAAUUAUAGGUAUGGCUAGCAUAUUUCUGUUAGUACUGUUCAAGACCUUUUUUUCAAUUUUUACAACUUUGGAAUAUCAAGUAAGUUAAUUAGUUAACUACCUAGGGAAAAAAGAUUAAAUUAUUUUAAAUUCCUAUUUAACAUCACAUUCCAAAAACAAAUCUUGGUUUUUUAGAAAAUGUGAGAAAAUUUCAAAUACUCUCAAAUAUUAGAAGAAAAUGUACACGGAAGGGAAGGUCUUUUCUAAGCCCAAUAUCAAAGGCAGAAACUUUAAAAGAAAAUACUGUUAAAUUAAAAUACAUAUCAUAUAUAUUCAGUAAUUAAAAUAUGUACAUAGAACAUUCAGGAAUUGGAGGCUUUCUAUCUUUAAAGUGUUCUCCUGAGUACGUUUUUUUUUUUUUUUUUAUCAACUUGCAUCUUGUUCAAUGUCUGAGCUCUGUGUUAAGCCCCAGGAUAUCCUAGGAUAUUCGUUCUGUCUGUGGCUCCAAGGAAUUGAGGAUCCUGCUGUUCCAUCCACUUUCUGAAACUGCAGACCAUGAAUUUCACCAAUCACUUGUAUGGACCUCCCAGCUCUGGUACUAAGGCAACAACCUGGAAAUACUCUUUAUUGCCCUUUUGGACAAUAAGCUGAAAUCUGGAUAUAGAAAAGGGCUCUCUUCUUGGAGUUUGAUUAAAAGUAAAUAAAGAAGCUGUGCCAUGAAGAUUUUACUCAAAGAACGAGGAUCAUAUCACAUAUUAACUCCGUGUCCUCCAGCCUACGAUGGGAACACAUUUCUCAGUCUCUGCCAAAGGCAAGUUUUGCAGUUCUUUGAAUCUGUCCUGAUGUUGAAGCGAACAACGCCUACGCCGCUGGCCUGUUCGGUAAAUUCUGCGAAGAACCAGAGGGCAGUUUGGCAGAGUCUCUCUCCAUCUUGAAGGAACAAUCUGGAAGUUUCUCUCAAUCCUUCUCCAAAAUGAAAUGAGUAUUGAGGUAAUUGAGCCUGUGUGUGUAGCUGUAAGCAGGAAUACAGAGAGGUCUCCCGCGCCUUUGCCUACUUUGCUGCAACGACGGCUUUCUGGAAACCUCCAGUACCGUCAAGCUCAACCGUGCCUCAAGCCCCCAACCUCACUCAGAAUUCCCGUUUGGCUUGUAGUCACUUCCGCGUGUGUCUUUAGUUCUGGACAUUGUGGGAGCACACCUCCGACUUGGCCUUUUCCCCUCUUAGGAAUCUCUCCUCCAGAAACAUUUGCAGGUGUGCACAGAGCCACUGAGACCAAAACAUGAACUGCGCUAUUUCUGUGGUCCUCACGGAGACGGUAACGGUCUGCCUCCAUCAUCGGGGAAGAGGGAGAUACUUGGGCCCCGACAUGGAACGCUACACAGUAAUGAAGAAAGGAAGGGACAACUACAGACCCACGUGGGGAGAACUCCAAGAUGAACCGAGCGCGAGAGGCAUGGAACAAGAUGGACUGUGUGGUUCAGCCAGCCCCAGCGCUGGAAUUCCCAGGAGCAGGGGAAGCAUGGAAUUUGGACUCAACUGAGCGACCAAAGUGGAGAGUGGAGCUUGCCUGGCCAGGAGAGCACCAUGGACGGCGAGCCACGGGGCAGGAGCAGCAAGUCCCUGAGGCCAGGGGACCUUCCUGACACCCGGCUCCUUUCGAACUCGUGGAUGGGGGAUAUUGUGUCUGAUUGGUCUCCUGUGCAUGAAGCGGCCAUCCACGGACGUCUUCUCUCUCUGAGGAACCUCAUCAGCCAGGGCUGGCCCGUGAACCUCAUCACCGCCGAUCGCGUGUCCCCACUCCAUGAGGCCUGUCUCGGAGGUCAUCCCUCUUGUGCAAACGUUUUAUUAAAGCAUGGAGCUCAGGUGAAUGGGGUUACUACAGACUGGCACACCCCGUUGUUUAACGCGUGUGUCAGUGGCAGCCGGGACUGUGUGAGUUUGCUUCUGCAACAUGGGGCCAGCCCCCAUGCUGUGAGCGAUCUGGCAUCCCCCAUCCACGAAGCGGCUAAGAGAGGCCAUGCAGCGUGUGUGGAGACCCUGGCGGCCCAUGGGGGCGACGUGGACCAUAACAUCAGCCACCUGGGCACGCCGCUGUAUUUGGCUUGUGAAAACCAGCAGAUAGCCUGUGCCAGGAAGCUUCUGGAGUCAGGAGCCAGCGUGAACCAAGGCCGAGGUCUGGACUCCCCCCUCCAUGCAGUGGCCAGGGUGUCCAGUGGCGAGCUGGCGCUGCUGCUCAUGGACUUCGGAGCGGACACCCGGGCCAAGAACGCCGAAGGCAAACGCCCCUUGGAGUUGGUGCCCCCUGAGAGCCCUCUGACUCGGCUCUUCCUGCAGCGAGAAGGACCCCCCUCUUUGCUGCAGCUCUGUCGCCUUAGAAUCCGGAAGUGCUUCAGGACCCAGCAGCAUCACAAGAUCAAGGGACUCGUCCUUCCCGAGGAGCUGAAACGUUUUCUCCUUCAUAUGUAAACGUGUCAAGGGACCGGAGUCACAAAAAACCCACCAAGUCUCCGGAGUGUUGCGGCCACUGGCGUUUUGGAAUAAAAUCAGGUUUAUAGA